AUGCGGUCACUGCGCCUUCGCGCUGUCGGCUCUCUCCACCCCUCGCAUCGCGCUUCUUCCUACAAUGAUACGGCCACGUCCACUUGCUCCGCAUGGCGGUGCCUGAACACGGCAGCAGAAAAUCGUCAAAGGAAUGCGGCGACAGACUCCGCCCUGCCUCCGCUCGAGCAGACCUUCCCAUCGCCACUAUCGGGCCCCGUAGCCUCGAACUCGGUUUUGCUUUCCCCGAUCGACUCUGCCCAUCCGUGCUCGCGACUUUCGCAGCGGCAGAUGCGGCAACGACAGCGAAAAUGGGGUGCCUUACGGCGAUACCGAUGGGAGAACCACUCGCCCCGCCCCAUACCGCUCUCGCUGUUAGGAACUCCUGCGUUGAUCUCCAGCUUGCCGCGCACUUCUGUUGGUGCAACGCAUGGUGGCGUCUCCGAAGACACUCGUGCGAAGACAGUCCCAUGUGACGCAGCGAGAGGAGCACUUGUGAAAACUUGUUCUCCUUCGCGCAGCAGGAGUCUUUCCAGGGCACCGGCGGAGUGCGAAGCUACUGAGGGUACGAGACCACGCGCCGACACAGGCUCCGCCGGUGGCGCCGUUGUCGACUCUGUUGCCCUCAGUAGCACGCGCAACGCUGCGCCUGGCUCGUCGUCCGUAGAGGACCCUCUCCUCUCCUUUCUAGACUCGCACGAGGAAGAUGCGGCGUUGCUGCUCGCGAUGUGGACGUCACUGCAUCGCAGUUGCGUCUUUGGCUCGGCUCUAUCGGAGUCGUUGGUUCUUCAGGUGCGCUGCUUUCUCCACUCCCUUCUUCGCUACCGCGCCAUAGGGGCGGCCGUGAAUUUCUACUACCGGCUCAUGGGUAUCGGUGUGCAGCUGCGUCAAAGUGACCUCCUCCUCCUGUUUUCGAGCUUGACUUACGAAGCCGCCGCAUCGACGGAAGAGGCCCAGUUGCGCAGGGCGGCAGAGACGGCGACGAUGGAAAAUGACCGGAAGAUUUGGACUCAACGACGCAGGCAGUUCCGCGAGUCGGCUGCGCGCACUCACACAACGGACGCCCCAGGCCAAAGUCAGCGCGAGAGAGGUGAGGAGGGAGGGGACACGGUAUUCGCAGGCCAGAUGGGCGUCAUGAACGCGGUGGUGAAGAAGACAGGUGCGCCUGCGUUGUGUGAGGAGAGACCCGCGCGUGUGAAUGCUACCGCCACUGAUAACAUCCAGGACCCGGCUUCAUAUACACACAUAGCUAGAGCUACCCACAUCGCGGAUGACCGCAGUGUUGGCGCCUCCUCAGCUUCACGUGGGGACUGGGGAGAAGUGGGCGACGACGUGCACCCGCCGGGCUCCAUUGCACGCCGCGUGGCUUUCCACCAGCAGCCGGAGUGGGUCAAGAGGUGGAUCCUCUACGAAGCAUCGAUGGGGACACUAGACGAUCUAGACGAAGUGGAGGACCCCAGCCGCCGAAGCACGCUGUCGACGAGCAGCUCUGCAGACGCCUUGCUCAGCGCCAGCGAUGUGGAAGCGGACACCGCGGCGCAGUCGGAGCAGGCGAUGCGAGGCAUGAAGGUGGCAGCGAUUGUGGAUCAUCUGCACCUUCUCACUCUCGGGGCCAUGCAGCGAGACCAUCUGAGCGCAACCGAAGCAAACACACCGCCGCCGUCGCCAUGGCGACCCCAGCGACGUACCUGGAGACUGUCACGGUCGUGGUCGGCUGAGCGGGCCUACUGGAAAGAGGCGCUAGAUCUGAUUCGAAGCGCCUACACCCUUGCACCACGGCACAGGGCUCUGAGCGAGUGCGGCGGCACCUCGUGUCCUCCGGCGGCAGAAGACCUGCUUCUUCCCUCAGACGUCGUGUUCGCUCUGCAGUCAAUGCUGCGUGAAGUGCAUAGCUGGGAGGGCACGCUUUCUCUUCUGCGGCUGACGAUUCCGGAGGCGAAGCAACGAGAUGCGGAUCCGCCCAGAGCGGUUGGUAUGGCAUCCGACUGCUUUCUGCGCGGGGCGGUCCUUUUCAUGGCUUUGGCCGCCUCUGCGCAACCGUGGAAGACGCAGGCGAAGGUUGAAGGGUGGAUGCAUCGCGUGAUGCUGCCUCGACUUGCGCGGGACACUAGGGCGCAAACAGAGGUCACCUCUACGGCGACGGCCGCAACAGCAGCCCUUCAUGCGCUGUGGCUCAGCCACCUCUGCAGUGUAAAGGCGUCACGGCCGGACGAGUUUGUUGUACUCGGCGAAGAGGCGGCUGCUUACUUCACUUCUCUCUCCGUGCAACAGGCAAUUCACGGCGACCUCACCCUGAUGAUGUCGGAGGUAUGCGCGACCACAGAACGAGCGGUUGACGCCCUGCAUGAGACGCUGCAGCGGGCCGCACAGCACCGUCGUACCUCGGAGGUGCUCGCCAAAUCCAUUCGCACCGGUGCCUACAGGGUGGAGAAUGGCAAGGGCAAGCACGAUCUCGGGAGCGACCCUGAGAGGGAUCACAUGUUCGAUCCGCUGUCGAUAACCUCGGUGGCAGCACCGGCAACCGUCAUGAAUGGAAUUAGGUGCUCCCUCUUCACUGAGUAUACUACGAAGUCACCGUUGUCUCCGCCGGCGUUGCUGCCAAGCGACUCGGUGGACGCGUUUGUCUUGUGCUGUGCAGCUGUCAAGGAGACGGUCUGGCUGCGGUUCACGACGGCGGCCUCGACAAGCCCUGCUGCUGUGACGGUCGAAGUGCUGCAGUUUUUGGAGCAGAGUGUGCACGGUCCUUCAGGACUCCUCAACGCGUUCCAACUCCUGUAUGACUCACCUGCCUCGCGGCUGGCGCGCAACGGCAAAGUGUCGACACUAACACCCACGGUAAACACACCGGCGGCACCGGAGUGUGCGUACGUGUCGUGCAUUCUGGCGACUACUCUCUUGCAACUUGUGCAGCUUCUAUGCGCACAACCGGACCAGCAGCAGCACCACUUCAGCUGCCAGAUAUGGAACGGCGCCGAGCUGGUCCUCCUCGUCGAGCUCGCGGCGAAGGUGCUGGAAGGGAUUGCUGCGGCGCAAGUGCAGCAGGCGCCAUGGCGGUGGGCAGUCGAGGAGCGUCUGAAGGAGCUCGCCACUGUGACGGCGAGAACGGUGCGGCUCGUUGUGCAUCAGCUCGACAUUCAUCGCAUGAACGAGAAGGUCAUGUUUGGUGCCAUGACUGACCAGAAUGUGGAACUCCUCGCCCUUCUUGCCCGGGUGCUCAACAAGUCAUCAGAGUUGAUGGUGGUGUCACGCGCGUGCGGUGCUUCUCGGGGCUCGUCACAUUCGCCGGUGUGGCGGAUUUUGACGUCCACGUGCUCUCCCCGCAUCCUGCAAGGGGUGCAUCUGUGCUUCCGAAGCUCUUGCGCACUGGGAAAGCGAGUGCGAUAUCGACUUUGCCGCCGAGACGCCGACAACCUGGACCACUGGAUUCAGCCGCCGCGAUCGCGUCAGCGUACCUCCGACCGCCUGCGUGGUGCCCGCGGUGCGGCGCUAUCGUCGCCGAAGCUGCCGAUGAAGGCGAUAGCCGCGAGUGGUGGUGCCGCGGUGGGGCGCGAUGUGGGCAGGGAUUUCCCUCUUACGGUCAGCCUCCGCGACUCGGUGUACAAGAUCAUGACUCGCGAGCGCACGAGCGCCGGCGUCGGGCAAGCGCUGCAGCGGCUGGCAGCUGCCACGGUGAACUGGAAAGCUAGCUUGCUUCUGUGCGAACUCGUUACAAAGGAUGUUUCUCUCGCCCGCGGCACGUGUAGUGUGGACUUCUUUGCCACAACUCUGGAUCGCAUGGCGCAGGAUGUGGCUAAGUCGAGCGCCGCCGCACAAGCAGGGCUGCGAGCGUCGCGAUUGCAGGGAAGCUGUGUUGUGCCGUCUCGCAAGGGCUACGGUAGGCUGGCCGCCCCGCGGGCGUUUGGGCCACCCAACUUGUGGCUGAGUGCGAUCGACGUGUUCUGGAGCGCCGUCGAUCAUGCUGGUCACGUCGAAGCCGCUGCGGCGCAACAAUCUCACUCCUCAUCAGUGGCUGCCUCCGCCACAACGCCGGGGUCGAACCUGGUGAGUGUGGACGCGCAGGAGCGAGCCGUACUCGCGCGGCUUUUGCUUCCGCUUCUCCGCUUUAGCCGCGCCGUGCAUCAGCGGGAGGUUGGCCGACAGUGGCGUCGCACGUGGGCCGCCAUGUACGCGCCGCCGGAGAAGAAGAACCCGCAGUGGCGCCAGCAGAACAUCGAAGCACUGUCGGUGCUAGGUGACUCAGCGGCGCUGAGUCACUGUGUUUCGGACUACCACGGCUGUGGCAGCGAGGCGUUGCUGUGCUCGGUGGCCGUUCAGCACGGUAACUGGCACGCCGCGCUGGAGGCUGUCUUCCAGACAUACGGUGCUGUCGAAGAGCGUCAUGCGACGGGGACGACGUACUCACUCGUUAUAGCCCGCACUAUUCUGACGCUGCUGGCGAAGUCACCGAUGAAUCUCAGCAACACGGCUAUGCGAUUGCGCACUGUUCAGCGCGAGACGUGGGACGAGGAAUGCAGUCUUGCGGUGGUCCGGCUACUGUUACGUGGGCGCCGAUGGCGCCUGGCGAUGACCCACGUUGACGAGGCGCUGGGGCUGCCAGACAUGCAGCGGGUCAGAGCGCUGGUGCUUGUGGACCCCGCAGGUCGUUUGCGGCAGGGGGCAUCCCCAACCGCGUCCUCCGCGGCAACGCUGGUGCGGUAUGCCCAGCUGCUUACGGCGGCGUUGCAGGCGACGGCGAUCGGCGGCGAUAGUGAGCGCGCACCAGCGUACUACGACGCGUUCAAGGCGCUGGUGCGUUACGUCUUUGGUGAGGUGGUGGACAUGGAUACUCUUCAUACGGCGGAGGUCGACUCGCAGAGUGGCGACGAUGCACUGGACGCCGCGCUCGACAUGACUCACUUCACGGAAAGGGAAGAAAAGCACUCGUCGGGUUUGGAGGACCAAGUGCACGAAGCAGUGCGUGAGCUGGCACCGCGCGCCCGCAUUUUGUUCUUUCGCGCCAUGACAAAGAAGAUGCUGGCCUCCCAUGCGGGCAGCAGGUGA